AUCCUACAAAAUUUUGUAUAUAUGAUGCCAUAAUAUACAGUACGUACAACGUAGACAUAACAUUAGUAAGUAGAAAUGUGAAAAACAAAAGCACUAUAUAUAUAAAGCAAAGAACGCAUAUCAUAACGUAAAGAGAAAGAGACGACAGACGAGGUAUCGGUAUCGGUAUCGGUAUCGGAAAUGGAAAAGCUUGGGUGUUUAACCCAUCUAUUUGUGACGGUGUUUCUUACGGCGUUUGCCGGUUUUGUGGCGAUGCCGGCAAUUACAGAUGUUACAAUGGAAGCACUAUGUCCUGGCAAAGAUGAAUGUUCUCUGGCCAUUUAUCUCUCUGGUUUCCAACAGGCGGUAUCAGGAAUAGGGUCAGUGUUGAUGACUCCGUUGAUAGGUAAUUUAUCGGACGUGUAUGGAAGAAAAUCACUAUUGACACUUCCAUUGAUGCUCCAUAUCCUUCCCUUAGUGGUAUUGGCAUAUAGUAGGGCAACGAGCUUUUACUAUGCCUACUACGUGCUCAAGAUAGUCGCAUCCAUGGUGUCAGAGGGCACCAUUCAAUGCCUUUGUCUUGCUUACGUUGCAGACAAAAUUUCUGAAGGAAAACGAGCGUCAGCAUUUGGUCUUCUUGCAGGGGUUAGUUCUGCUGCAUUUGUAUGUGGUACAUUAUCAGCAAGGUUUCUUUCCACAGCACAAACAUUUCAGACUGCAGCAUUUUCAGCCAUGGCUGCUGCAGUUUACAUGAGAAUUUUCCUUCAAGAAACAACGCGAGAAACUGAUGCUUCAACUCGGAUACUCCUGAAAUCUGAGCCAAGCAGUUCCUCGGAUGACAGUUUGACAAAGAAGGUUCAGGUUUUCAAGAAGAUUCCAACCAUCAAUGAUAUCAAGAACUUAAUAGGAAGCAGCAAAACGUUCUCACAGGUUGCAGUUAUGGUGUUAUUCAACAGCCUAGGAGAGGGCGGCCUUCAGGCUUCAUUGAUGUACUUCCUAAAAUCAGAGUUUCACUUCAGCAAAAAUCAGUUUGCAAACCUGAUGCUGAUAGUCGGUAUUGCUGGAAUGGUCUCACAGCUAGUUUUGAUGCCCAUGCUGCUAUUAGUAACAGGGGAGGAAUGGUUGCUAAGACUCGGACUCCUGGUGUCAAGCACAACCAUGAUUCUUAACAGCAUUGCUUGGGAUGCAUGGGUCAUUUAUGCAGUAGCGGGGCUUUCAGUAUUCGGCAUCUUCACUAACUCAUGUAUGCGUAGCAUUGCCUCCAAACAAGUAGGAGCUUGUGAGCAGGGCAAGGCUCAAGGAUGCAUUUCAGGGAUAGGUUCUUUGGCCAACAUCAUUUCUCCAUUGUUUUUUAGCCCUCUAACUGCUACUUUCCUCUCAGACAAAGCACCAUUCCAUUUCCCUGGUUUCAGUCUGUUGUGUAUUGCAUUAUGCAUGGCAAUAGCUUUCAUUCAAAGUCUAAUGAUAAGGACAACUCCGAAGAUUUCUGGCAACAUGGUAGCCUAAGCCUCAAAUUUGAAAAGCUGUAGUAAGAAUAACAUCUAUUCUUUCAACAUUUAAGGAGGGCAUCUCACCGAAUUAAGAGAAACAUAUAUAGUGAGAUAAUACUGCCGAGCCAGAAGGACGCAAGCCAGAAGGCAAUCCACCAACGCCUGUACUAUAUAGACUUCCUAUGAGUCCCUUGUAUAGUUGUAUAUACAGUAGGGCAAUUUUAUAAAAGACCUCACUUAAGCUCAUCCAUAUUUAUCAAAAUAGGAUGGCUAGAUAUGUACUUAAAUACUAAUGGCUUCUGAUCUUUCUCAUCCCUCAACAAGCACAUCUUCUCAAUCACUGAAAUCAAAAGCACCUCAACAAGCUUGGAGGGUGAUAUUCAACUACCCUAUCAUUUAUA